GAGGGAAAAUUUGCGUGUGGUUUUCCGAGUACGCUUUUCCGCUCCGAAUAUCUGCUUGAGAAUAUGGCCGGAUAUUAUUGUGUUUGCAACUAUCCACAAUGAUUGAGAAUAUUCAUCCUCCGCUGCAUCGGAUCGCUCACGCGGUUGACCCACAUUCGUUCCCGACUAGGUGGCUGCCGUGGCCAGGCGUCAUCGCUUUCUCCUGGAGUGCUUACACGGAUUGUCCCAGGUAGCGAUGGUCCAGUUUUAAGACAUCCUCGCUGAACGUUCCGCGCCAUGUUCAUAAUGUGCGUACGAUGCGAUUAAAAGUGUCCGGUAUAGAAACGACCGCUUGUGCUUCGACACCCACCAGCUGGUGUCCUGCCUUGUUCCCUUCCCUACCCUGACACUCGCUUUGACCGGGAAGGAUUUUAACUAUCGAGCCAGCCUGCAAUCAACAUACCAUAUACGUUCUCGUUGGCCAAUACACAACAAUCAACUCUCCGGACAAUCCGUUAUCAGCCCCACGAGUGGUUAAGGUUAAGCUAGAUAGAUAACGCGCUGUCUCAGCUCGUCCGCAGAUCCAAAGAUCCGUUCCCCGAAAAAAAAAGAGGUCAAAUUGACCGGCACGACCUUUUACCAGCAGGUAAUGAGAGCGGGCAGGCAGGGGAAUCUCUUUCAGUUGAUUUCAAUCCUUAAACAGAACCACAACAAUGUCGGACGCGUACGCGAUGCACGUGCUGAAGAUCGCGGUGGCCCAGAUCUGCCAGACGAUUGGCUGGCACUCGACGCACACCACGACCAUGGAGCUGCUGGUGGACGUAACACAGCACUUUCUGCGCGAGAUUUCGCGCAUCAUGCACCGGUACAGUGAACUGUACAACCGCACCGAACCGAACCUGGACGAUUUAGCGCUCGCGUACCGGGACAUUGGCAUCAAUCUGCCGGAGAUGCUCGAGUACAUCGAGUUUGUGGAUCCGAUCCCGCUGUCGCUGGACGUACCGCGCUUUCCGGUACCGAAGGAGACGAACCUAUGCUUUCUGAAGCCGGGCAGCAAGGAGGUGCUGACGCGGCCGAUGCACAUCCCCGAGUACCUACCGCCCAUGCUGAUCGAGGCGCCGGCCAGCGAGACCUGCGAUCUCGGUGAGGACGGCACCGAUGACGGUGCAGCGGGUGACGAAGCGGAUGCGAACGGGGUGGCGAAAAGUGCGGACGCUCUGGUGGCUGCCCUAUCGAGCGCCGUCGCCGCCGCUACAGUAAAGGCUACCGACGCGGUUACGGCGCUGCCAGCAUCCGCCGAAGAUGGGUCAAUGUUGCCGGAGUCGAUAGUGAACGAGGAAAUCGAAAUCCCAAUGGAAACGCUAGAGGCGAAGAAACCAAAGCAGGAACCGGUGGCCAGCGAAGCACUCGACGGAGAGGCUUCGAAGUCCGAUCCGUCCGAGCUGACGGCAGAGGCAAAACUGUUCCUUCCACCGCCACCGGUGCCCCCGGGGGCAGCGGGGGCAGUGCGUGAAGAAGGAAACACGAGCGAGGCGGCAGCAGCAGCAGCAGCAGCAGCAGGGGAGCAGAAAGCGAACGCAGCGAGCAAGACAGGCCAAUCCAACGUGGCACCGUUAGAGGAUGGGUCCGAAGGGCGACCAACGCGCGAAAUUAGCAGUGUGAUGAUGACCACGUCCGGUUUCAUCUCACCGGCCCGCGAAGGAAAACUACCCGACACGCGCAUUCCCCAGAUACCGGAGGACCGGCCUCCGAAACCGACGAUCCACCAGCACCAGCAGUCACCACUGGCAGCUCCCGGAACCACUGGGCAAUCGCCGGCACUGGCCACGGUGGCAGUCGGCGGUGGUAGCGGCCCGGGCAACAGUACACCGCUGGCGGGGGCCGCUAAAACGGACGCUUCACCAGCGCAGUUGCUGCUGGCAGGCACGAACAGCAAGCCACCGCUCGCUGACUACGAUCCGAGCGCGCCAGCUUCUACGCACGGGCAUGAGACAUCGUUAGCCACGGAUCAGCCGGCCGGGAAGAAGACCCGCAAGAAAAUGCCCGACAAACAGAGGAAGAAAUCGUCGAAGAAAGGGCACACCACCCUCCAGCAUCCAUUGCUCUUUGCUCCUACCGGUGGGCAACAUAAACAAAGCCGGCCCGCGGAUGACAGCGCAAACGCGAUCGUACAUGAUCGGUCCAGUCGAGAUGCCGAGGUUGGCAUCGGCCCCACACCACCGGACCCGAACGUCACCGAAGUGGGAAUGGGGUCCGGAGCGAAUUUGUCUCUAGUGCCGACUACGCCUAGUACGCUGCCGAUAGUUCGAGCUAGCAAAACUAACAAAGAGAGCAUUCGAGCCGGGAUGAAGAAACGCAAACCGUCCAAAGAAUCGGAUGCAGUUGUUCGCAAAGCAAGCAACACGAAGGGAGCACGACACCAGUCGGAGCUGUUGAGUGGCCACCCUCCGAGUGAGCAGCUGAAAGAUAAAGUGUCGAAACGGCGUGCCAAGAUGGCAAAGAAAGUGUUUUUGGGACGGAUCAAGGAACAGGGUGGUCUAGUAGAGGGUGGUCCGCCACCGGAGUCCGCACCGCCGUUGAUUCGUCCGGUCGGCUUUAGUACGGAGCCGACGACCCGCUACCUAGACGUGGAAGAUCUGCACAAGGAGCAGCGUGGCUACGUCAGCGGCCACUUUCCUACCGACGGCACCCCGGCCACUAUGUUUCCACUGAAGCCCGAUGGGGGGGUAGGCAGCGGUGAGCCGCUAGCGGCUAGUGAGUCAACCACUGUACCCGGUAGGAACGAAUCUGCAGCACUGGCGGCCGAGCAGCAGGCCAAACAGCUCAGUAUGUUGCAGCUACUACAUCCCAGCCUGGAGAUAACACCGUCACCGUCGGCAGGCGCGACCUCGUUGAAGCCCGGCCCUGAACCCGGCCCCGCUACCCUGCCCCGAAAGAUCAUCAAAGCUAAACGUACGCAUACCCAGUCGGUGGCGCGUGAUACGCCCGAUCGCGAUGUCAUUGUGAUCGAUGAUGACCAAUCUCCACCGCAUCAGCAGCAACAUCCUACCCCGCUAACUUCGCACUCUUUCGCAGGUGCCACCGGUGGUGGUGGUGGUGGUGGUGGUGGUAAGAAGCAGCGGAAGCAGCAACAGCAGCACCAGCACCAGCAGCAGCACCAAGCUCAACCGGCUGGUUUCAUCGAACACAGUGCAGAGCAAACGCAGAGCGGGCUCGGCAGCCUACCAUCGCCAGGUGCCAAUCGUAACGCGUUUGGGGAGCUAAGCGGCGCACCGCCGGCGCAACAGAGGAAACCGAAGCGUCCCAAGCAGCAGAAACCACUGAAAGGUGGGGCGACAGCGGGCGAAGGGAAACGGGCCAAGGGGCCACCAGUGUUUGGUUCGCCACCAGUGUCCCCAUCGUUCCGGUCCGGCUCCCCACUGGCCGAGCAACCAUCGUCGGUACACUAUGACCCGACACUGCCACCGGUACAGCCGAUGGGCAUGCCGUACUCCGACAACGCAUCGCCUGCCCGGAGCCCCCGCAAUCCGAAUCCGUUCGCGUUCUACCCGAGCAUACCGCGCUUCCCGGAGCCGGCGUUCCUGUACAACCGGUUCCUGAACCCGGCCGAGGCGCUACGGCCACAGAUGCCGUUCGGCUUCGGUAUGCUACCGUCCGGACCCGGUCUCAUCCCGGAGCACGGCAUAUUUCCUUCGCCGCUCAGCCAGCUGGCGGCGGGCGGUCGCGGCUACCCACUUACGUCCAAUCCGUUCAGUUUCCCCUCGAUGGACCGGUUAAAUGAGCUGAAUUUGCUGCGCCGACCACGUCCACCGAUUGGUGGUGGUGGUGGUGGUGGUGUUGGUGGUGCGUCUGGUACGUCCGCUUUGGGCAAUGCACCCGGUGGUGCUGGUCUGGCGGCUCAUGCCACUCACGGCAGCCUGAUGAAACCCGACCGAUUUGACGAUACACUCGAUCCGGAGACACUACUCGCCCAGACGCCGCUCGAUCUGCAGAAAUCCACUUGCAACGUGGCGCCACUGAUGCCACCGUCACUGCAGCUCUUCCCAUCGGUGGAGCUCGAGGCACCCGGCACCAAGGCGAAGGCUAAGCUGUCGGACAAUAAAACGGAACCGUUGGCCGCUGGUUCCGGUGGUACACCGGACCAACAAAUUGCUGGUGCCAUAAUGGACGAUGUAGCAAGUGUUCCGAUGGAACCGUCCGUUCACGCAUCACGCAGCCGGAAGGAGCCGGACCAGGUGGUCAUUCUGCCGGCGGCGAGUGUUUUGCCGGGUGCUAGCCCACCGCAACGCUCCCAGAUGCUCGUGAUCGACAUUGACGACUCGGACGGUAGCCAGUCGACCACGGCGACCGGUGCCGGCAAGGAUAGUGAUGGCAAGGAGGGCAAGCGCAAAUCGAAGGAGCACAAGAAAGAUCGUAAGCUGAAGAGUGAGCUGGGCGGCUCGGCGAAGCUGAAGAAGAAGAAGGAUAAGAAGGACAAGAGCAAGAGCAAAGAGCGAGAGCGGGAGCAGCUGCAGGAGCUGACCGCCGGUACAGCCUCCUCGUCCGGCAUGAUGACGAUGGGCAUGAUCGGUGCGGAGGAGGCCCUGCUCGUCCAGCUGCGCAAGGAGCGCAAGGAAAAGAAGGAGAAGCGUAAGGACAAGGGAAAGAAGGAGAAGCGCAAGGACCGCGAGCGUCUGGUUGGUGAGGGGGGCGGGCAAGCCGCCGAAUCGUUGGGCGGUGGCGCUGACAUUCCGGCUUCCACCGACCAUUCCCCAGCCUGCUCCGUACCGAAGCUGAUGCUCAAGCUCAGCGGAUCCAACGCAACGCCAUCACCACGUUCCGACACUCCGGAGAAGGGGCACGGUGCAGAGCAGGGCCACCUAGCGGGGCUAAACAGUGCGGCGGGCGAUGGCAGCAAUCGGGGCGGGUCGCCGGAACUCGCCCGUAUCUCGGCGCUGGUCACACGGCCGCCCAAGCUUAAACCGAGCGGCCCCGGUGCUGGUGGCGGUAAAGGCGGAAAGGAUGAUUCACCGCUGAAGGGUGUGAACGAUGAUAUCGAUGGAAAACCAGAUGGAGAAGAGCUGGUGCUGGUCCCUGGAGCGGCGGGAAGCACGAAGCAAAUGGGUGGCGCUUCCGUUGGCACUGGUACAUCGCCCGCUGGCAGUGGCAGCUCAACAGCAACCGCUGCCAGUCGCACUAAGGGCAGUGCCGAAACGUUGCACCCUUCGGCUGGCGAUGGAUCGAGGAAAUCGGUUAAAGACGGUAAGGGCGAUCGAAAGGGGGGCGCGGUGCACAGUAAUCUACCGGUUACGGCAGCGCCACUGUCCUCCAGCGGCUCGUGCCAACCGGCUGCCCCCGCGCAGAUGACGGACGUCGAUGGGAACACGGUUUGGAUCUGUCCGGCAUGCGGUCGCGUCGAUGAUGGUACGCCGAUGAUCGGGUGCGAUGGCUGCGACGCUUGGUAUCACUGGAUUUGCGUGGGCAUCGAGGUGGCGCCGGCCGAAAACGAGGACUGGUACUGUCGCGUGUGCAUCGGUCGAAAGCAGGAUGCGCAUAAGGACGAGAAGCAACGCAAGCGUAAAAAGAAGGACAAGAACAAAGCCAGGGACUAAUGGCGCGUUUAGCUGGAUGCGCACUCAGGCACGAAAUGCGGCGUAUGCGCUAGAAGAAGGGACAAACAUUACAUCUAUCGUACGCCAACUUCAAUAUUUCCCGUACUAGAGCGGAUGUCUUUUUAUAUAGGCGGUACGAUGAUAAGCAUAACCUUAUUGUAUAUUUUUAAAAACAUAGUAAGACAAACAUUACAUCUAUCGUACGCCAACUUCAAUAUUUCCCGUACUAGAGCGGAUGUCUUUUUAUAUAGGCGGUACGAUGAUAAGCAUAACCUUAUUGUAUAUUUUUAAAAACAUAGUAAGACAAACAUUACAUCUAUCGUACGCCAACUUCAAUAUUUCCCGUACUAGAGCGGAUGUCUUUUUAUAUAGGCGUUACGAUGAUAAGCAUAACCUUAUUGCAUAUUUUUAAAAACAUAUUUAGGCCGGAUGAGUUCCGUAUCGUAGGAGUAGGAGGAUAAAUAUGUUUAGAAUAGUAUCAUAUAUUCAACUAGAGAAUAUUUUAAAAGAUAAUUUAAAUCCGUUCAUUUUAUACAAUUGUAUUUUACGUACUGUUUCCGGGUGGUGUUAGGGCAAUAGAUUAUCCAUUGGUUUCCCGAAGCUAGAAAUGGUUCAAUCCAGGGUGGCUAGGAGAAAUUAAUUAAAAAUUCAAAUUCAAUGUGCAAACCGAUAGAAAGUAGCUAUAUCAUGCAUUAUAAUAAAUGU